CCGCGGGCGGCUUUGAGCGAGGGGUCGCGGGAGCGGCCGGGGCGGGGGAAGGGGGUUUGAAUGACUAACCCGGCGUCUGCACAGCUGCACGGGCCCUAAUUCCCCCGCGCCCCCUCCCCGCCCCCCGCCCCCUGUCCCAGGCUAAUCCAUCACUCUGGGGCCGAAAACAUCAUUUCUCACGUUCUCCCAGAGAAACCCUAGUCGCCGGGCGGAAUCCCAGCUCCGCACUGCGCCCUCCGAACCCUCCCCCCACCCCGCAGUCCCUUGCAUUCACACCCGAGCUGCGGGGCAGGGUAGAGGGGUGCUGAGUUGGAGUGCCCAGGAACUGUCCUAACUGGAAGGGUGCUCAUGCUCUCGGGCUUGCCGGUGGCGCCUGUGACGUGUCCGGGGGCAGGGGGCAGUGUGUUUUCUAACCUUCAGGACAGUUCCGAGCAGAGCGGUCCCCGAGGAGGGGCGUGGUGAGGGAGGUUUUCAAGAGCGUCUCAUCAGAAUACACAGGGCCUCGUCGCGUGGUCCCUGAGAACGCGAGUUUACUGUGCGACUUCAUUCAUCCGGAUAGUUGCUCUUUUUUCCCAGCAGAUCGCUGUCGUUCUGCCCUUGGGAGUAGGAUGUGGUGAAAGGAUGGGGCUUCUCCCUUACGGGGCUCACAAUGGCCAGAGAAGAUUCAGUGAAGUGUCUGCGCUGCCUGCUCUACGCCCUCAAUCUGCUCUUUUGGUUAAUGUCCAUCAGUGUGUUGGCAGUUUCUGCUUGGAUGAGGGACUACCUAAAUAAUGUUCUCACUUUAACUGCAGAAACGAGGGUAGAGGAAGCAGUCAUUUUGACUUACUUUCCUGUGGUUCAUCCGGUCAUGAUUGCUGUUUGCUGUUUUCUUAUCAUUGUGGGGAUGUUAGGAUAUUGUGGAACGGUGAAAAGAAAUCUGUUGCUUCUUGCAUGGUACUUUGGAAGUUUGCUUGUCAUUUUCUGCGUAGAACUGGCUUGUGGCGUUUGGACAUAUGAACAGGAACUUAUGGUUCCAGUACAAUGGUCAGAUAUGGUCACUUUGAAAGCCAGGAUGACAAAUUAUGGAUUACCUAGAUAUCGGUGGCUUACUCAUGCUUGGAAUUUUUUUCAGAGAGAGUUUAAGUGCUGUGGAGUGGUAUAUUUCACUGACUGGUUGGAAAUGACAGAGAUGGACUGGCCCCCAGAUUCCUGCUGUGUUAGAGAAUUCCCAGGAUGUUCCAAACAAGCCCACCAGGAAGAUCUCAGUGACCUUUAUCAAGAGGGUUGUGGGAAGAAAAUGUAUUCCUUUUUGAGAGGAACCAAACAACUGCAGGUGCUGAGAUUUCUGGGAAUCUCCAUUGGAGUGACACAAAUUCUGGCCAUGAUUCUCACCAUUACUCUGCUCUGGGCUCUGUAUUAUGAUAGAAGGGAGCCUGUGACAGACCAAAUGAUGGCCUUGAAGAAUGAGAACUCUCAGCACCUGUCAUGUCCCUCAGUAGAACUGUUGAAACCAAGCCUGUCAAGAAUCUUUGAACACACAUCCAUGGCAAACAGCUUUAAUACACACUUUGAGAUGGAGGAGUUAUAAAAAGAAAUGUCACAGAAGAAAACCACAAACUUGUUUUAUUGGACUUGUGAAUUUUUGAGUACAUACUAUGUGUUUCAGAAACAGGUAGAAUAAAAAUGUUGUCAUAAAAUAAUACCUAAGCAUAUACUAUUCUAUGCUUUAAAAUGAGGAGGGAGAAGUUUCAUGUCAUGAGUCACCACCUGGACAACAAUUGAUGCCCUUAAAAUGCUGAAGACAAAUGUCAUACCCACUGUGUAGCCUGUGUAUGACUGAACACAGUUAUGUUUUGAGGCAGCAUGGUUUGAUUAGCAUUUUUGCAUCCAUGCAAACGAGUCACAUAUGGUGGAACUGGAGCUACAGUAAAGGUUGAUUUACUUCUACCAACUAGUAUAGAAAGUACUAAUUAAAUGCUAACAUAGGAAGUUAGAAGAUACUAAUAACUUUUAUUACUCAACGAUCUAUUCUUUUGAUGCUAAAUAAAUUAUACAUCAGAAAACUUUCAAUAUUGGUGACUACCUAAAUGUGAUUUUUGCUGGUUACUAAAAUAUUCUUACCAUUUAAAAGAGCAAGCUAACACAUUGUCUUAAACUGAUCAGGGAUCUAUUUGUAUAUAAGUCUGUGUUAAAUCUGUAUAAUUCAGUAGAUUUCAGUUCUGAUAAUGUUAAGAAUAACCAUUAUGAAAAGGAAAAUUUGUCCUGUAUAGCAUCAUUAUUUUUAGCCUUUCCUGUUAAUAGAGCUUUAAUAUUCUGUCCUGGGCUUAUAUUACACAUGUAACUGUUAAUUUAAAUACUUAACCACUAAUUUUGAAAAUUACCAGUGUGAUACAUAGGAAUCAUCACUCAGAAUGUAGUCUGGUCUUUAGGAAGUAUUAAGAAGAAAAUUUGCACAUAAUUUAGUUGAUUCAGAAAGGACUUGUAUGCUGUUUUUCUCCCAAAUGAAGACUCUUUUUGACACUAAACACUUUUUAAAAAACUUAUCUUUGCCUUCUCCAAACAAGAAGCAAUAGUCUCCAAGUCAAUAUAAUUCUACAGAAAAUAAUGUUCUUUUUCUCCAGAAAAAUGCUUGUGAGAAUGAUUAAAACACGUGACAAUUUAGAGAUUCUUUGUUUUAUCUCACUGAUUAAUAUACUGUGGCAAAUUACACAGAUUAUUAAAUUUUUUUACAAGAGUAUAGUAUAUUUAUUUGAAAUGGGAAAAGUGCAUUUUACUGUAUUUUGUGUAUUUUGUUUAUUUCUCAGAAUAUGGAAAGAAAAAUAAAAUGUGUCAAUAAAUAUUUUCUAGAGAGUAA